AUGGCUGAUGUUCGAUACAAUCUUGGAAUAUUAUUGCAAGAGCAAGGGCGAUAUGAAGAAGCAUUACACAGCUACAAACUCGCUAUUCAAUUCAGGCCUCGCCUUGCAAUGGCUCACUUAAAUAUGGGUCUCGUUCUCGGAAUUCUGGGAAGAAAAGAAGAAGCCGCUGAGGUGUACAGACAUUGUGCUGAACUAGAUAGCGCUGGAUUGAAAGACCCAAAAAUGCAUGAAAGUACUAGAAUUUCUGCCCUCUUCAAUUUGGGGAGAUUGUAUGCAGAUGAAGGAAAAUACGAGGAAGCUGUAGUAGUGUAUCACGAAGCAGUGCAGAAGAUGCCAGAGCAUUAUCAACCUCAGUCAUUAUAUAAUAUGAUGGGUAAGUUCUGUAGCAAAGUGCAAUUUAAAUUUUUAGAUUCGUCAGAGCAAUCUGUUGCUGUUUUACUUUCAACAGAUCCCGUGAUUGCCAUUAUUACGACUGAGGUGUCCUUAUUAAGACACCAAUGGAUCGGGUGGAGGAUACGAUCCUGUGCUACACAUGCUGCACAAACUGUGCGCAGGAGGGACACACAUACAAAAAAAAAAAAAGCUGAGCACUGGUACGGAGAAGCCCUCAGAGUAAAGCCUGACCAUAUACCGGCACAUCUUACAUAUGCAAAAUUGCUUUCUAAAUGGGAUCGAUUAGAAGAAGCAGAGCAAUGGUUUCUGAAAGCAAAAAAUAUUGCUCCUAAUGAUUCCAGUGUCUAUCAACAUUACGGUCAAUUUCUCUCUGAAUGUGAAAGACAUAACGAAGCCGCUGACAUUUAUGUAAGGGCUGCUGAAUUAGCUGCAGAUGAUUACGAGAUUAUAUUCAAUGCAGCGAACACACUAAGGCAAGCGGGACGAAAUACGGAAGCAGAAACCUUUUACCACAUGGCUGUUAAGUUGCGACCGAAUGAGGUCACAAGUCAUAUGAACCUAGGAGCAAUGUUACACGUAAACGGCAAACUGCUGGAAGCAGAAGCCUCUUAUUUGGAAGCCUUGAAACUAAAACCAGAUGAUCCUAUUACUCAAAACAAUUUACAAAAACUGAGAAACUUAUUAGUUCAAAGGAAGCUACGGUCGAGUUCUCAGAAUCAGCGCUAAUGUUUGAAAAUAUAAAGACAUUAAUUUGAAUUGGGUUUUCUAUUUUUCUGAGCCUCCCGUUCAACUCUGUGCGAAGAAGGAGAUUUUUGUCACUUUGAAAAACAGUGAACCGGGAAACUUCCUUCAAACUAUGUGCAUCUAUUACUGAUUAUUUUCUAUAAUUUAAACGCUAUCAGAAGAUUAUCCCACGUGAUUCUCGUUCAAGAUUGCUUUUGGGAUUCGCGUAUACCACUGUGAUGAUCCGAAAAAUUGCCAAUUAGAGAUUGAAUAUAAGCAGUGCUUUUUCAAUCGAAGUGUUUAAUCUGAAUGAAGCCAGAAAGAACGUUAACAGAUGCUCUAUAUACUAACUAUCAAGCAGCGUUAUUCUCUUUAACCCCGGUAAGAUAUACACAAAAGAAUUUUUCUGUGCUGGAACCGUCAUAUUUUUAAAAUUCAAAAUACCCUUUUUUGUGACAAAAUAACUCGCAUUUAUACUUAUAGUUGCAAGUACAUGAAAGGAACAGUCGUAUUGUUACCUUCGAUUUUUUAAAAUUAUUUUAUGCCUGUUUGAAAUAUGUGCAAUCAAAACAAAAACAUUCCCAUGUACCUAUUUUUGCGUAUUGAAUAACCGAGGCUGCUUCUGUUUAUUUCUCUAGUCAUGGUUAUUGUAAACUUAUCUCAAAGAGCUGAUGACCUCAGUGGAGAAACUGUUGUCUUGUGAUUAACAAUUCAGAGCAAAUACGAGCACUGUUUUUUGAUUAUGAUAAUGUGAACCUGAAACAUUGUGUGAGAGUUGGACAAUUUUUCGGAUAUAUGAAAAUGCGAGUCCAUGAAAUUUGAUUUACCAAAGAUACCUCUAGUCUGAGAAAGGUAUCCACCAUCACACACAUUGUGAGAAACACUGUAUAUUAAGCACGGCCAGCUUCUGAUUUCAAAGUUUAUUUCGUCAUUUUGCAUCCUUUCCUUUUUGAACAUUGCUAGAGCGAAUUUCACUAAUUAUGUUGGUUGUACUAAGUACAAAACAGCGCAGUAAU